CUGUUCAACCAGCACGAGUUCGUGGACUUUUAGCUGUCGCAGUUUUCUAACGUGCGGGUUCACAGACACACAAACAACCCUGCAUUCGCACUAGAGUCGUUGUUAUCCGUGAACUAUUUCUUUUUAUUUAUUUACAAGAAACAGCCUUGUUGAGUAACAAUGGGACGUGAGUCCAGACACUACAGGAAGCGGUCCGCGUCUCGGGGUCGGUCAGGCAGCCGAUCAAAGAGUCGAUCACCGGACAAACGAUCCAAGAAAGAAGACCGGACCAGGAGGGAGCGCUCGCGGAGCAGGGACCGCCGCAGGUCCCGGUCCAGAGACAGGAAACGAGUCAGGCGCUCCAGGAGCAGAGAGAGGAGGAGGUCCAGAAGCCGAGACAGGAGGAGGUCUGGCAGCAGGAACCGAGCACGGAGGUCCAGGUCUGGGAGCCCCAGCAAGAGCAGGAGGCCGGAUGAAAAGUCCAGGAGCAAAGAGAAGGACAACGUUGAUCCUUUAUCCGAAAAGAAAAAGAUUAAAGAGGAGAAAGAGGAUGAGAAGGUUGAGGAUCAAGACUUUGACCAGAACAAGCUGGAGGAGGAGAUGAGGAAGAGGAAGGAGCGCGUGGAGAAGUGGAGGGAAGAGCAGAGGAAGAAGGCCAUCGAAAACAUCGGAGAGAUCAAGAGGGAGCUGGAGGAGAUGAAGCAGGGCAAGAAGUGGAGCCUGGAGGAUGACGAAGACGACGAUGAGGACACUUCCGCUCCGAUGGAGGGAGACGAUGACGAAGACGGAGAAGGGAAGCCGGAGAGUGAAGAGAAGGAGAUAAAGGAGGAGAAGAAAGAAGAGGAGGAGGAAGAGGAGGAGGAGGAGGAGGAGGAGGAGAAGGAGAAGGAGAGCGAGAUCCCAAUAGAGCAAGUGCCAGAGGAGGACGAAGUGGACCCUCUGGACGCCUACAUGGAGGAGGUGAAACAGGAGGUGAAGAAGUUCAACAUGGGAGCCAUGAAAGGAAAUGAUAAGAAAGGAGCAAUGAUGGUUACCAAAGUGAUGACAGUUGUUAAAACCAAGAAAGGACCCAACACUCACAAGAAGAAGGGCGAGCUGAUGGAGAACGACCAGGAUGCGAUGGAAUACUCGUCAGAGGAGGAGGAGGUGGAUCUGCAGACGGCUCUGACGGGCUUUCAGACCAAACAAAGGAAGGUCCUGGAGCCCGUUGACCACGGCAAGAUCCAGUACGAGUCGUACCGCAGAAACUUCUACGUGGAGGUCCCUGAGCUCGCCAGGAUGACUCCAGAAGAUGUGAACGCGUACAGGCUGGAACUGGAAGGCAUUACUGUCAAAGGGAAGGGCUGUCCCAAACCCAUCAAGACCUGGGUGCAGUGUGGCGUGUCUAUGAAGAUCCUCGCCGCUAUGAAGAGGCACGGCUACGAUAAGCCCACCCCGAUCCAGGCCCAGGCCAUCCCCGCCGUCAUGACGGGCCGAGACCUCAUCGGCAUCGCUAAGACCGGCAGCGGGAAAACCAUCGCCUUCCUGCUGCCCAUGUUCCGACACAUCAUGGACCAGAGGCCCCUGGAGGAGUCCGAGGGACCGAUCUCUGUAAUCAUGACUCCGACCAGAGAGUUGGCUCUGCAGAUCACCAAGGAGUGUAAGAAGUUCUCUAAACAGCUGGGACUCAGGGUGGUGUGUGUUUACGGAGGCACGGGCAUCAGCGAACAGAUCGCUGAGCUGAAGAGGGGAGCUGAGAUCAUCGUGUGCACACCGGGAAGAAUGAUUGACAUGUUGGGGGCCAACAGCGGUCGAGUUACCAACCUGCGCAGAGCUACAUAUCUGGUGUUGGAUGAAGCAGACAGGAUGUUCGACAUGGGCUUCGAGCCACAGGUGAUGCGCAUCGUGGACAACGUGCGUCCAGACCGUCAGACGGUCAUGUUCUCGGCCACCUUCCCCAGAGCCAUGGAGGCGCUGGCUCGUAGGAUCCUGGGCAAGCCCAUCGAGGUCCAGGUGGGAGGCCGAAGUGUCGUCUGCUCCGAUGUGGAACAACACGUGCUGGUGAUUGAAGAGGACAAAAAGUUCCUGAAGCUGCUGGAGAUCCUGGGUCACUACCAGGAGAAGGGCUCGGUCAUCAUCUUUGUGGACAAACAGGAGCACGCAGACACACUGCUGAAGGACCUGAUGAAGGCCUCGUACCCCUGCAUGUCACUGCACGGAGGAAUCGACCAGUACGACAGAGACAGCGUCAUAAACGACUUUAAGAAUGGAGCAUGUCGUCUGAUGGUGGCCACCUCCGUGGCAGCCAGAGGGCUGGACGUCAAGCAGCUGAUCCUGGUGGUCAACUACAACUGUCCCAACCACUACGAGGACUACGUCCACAGGGCCGGACGCACAGGCCGAGCAGGCAACAAGGGCUUCGCCUACACCUUCAUCACGGACGAUCAGGUUCGCUAUGCUGGAGAUAUCAUCAAAGCUUUGGAGCUGUCCGGCUCUCCUGUCCCGCCUGAACUGGAGCAGCUUUGGGCCUCCUUCAAAGACCAACAGAAAGCGGAGGGUAAGACCAUUAAGAGCAGCAGCGGAUUCUCAGGGAAAGGCUUCAAGUUUGACGAGACCGAACAUCAUUUGGCCAAUGAGAGAAAGAAGUUGCAGAAAGCUGCUCUUGGACUGCAGGACUCUGACGACGAGGACGGAGCCCUGGAUAUCGAGGAGCAAAUCGAGAGCAUGUUCAACUCCAAGAAGAGGGUGAAGGAUCUGUCCGCUCCCGGAUCGUCCUCCGGUCCUGCUGGAGCAUCCGCCUCCUCAUCAGCGGUCCCCGGAGGGAUGCCAGGCGUCGGACCCCCAUCUGCUGGAAACAUCCAGAAACUGGAGAUGGCCAAGAGGCUGGCGCUCAAGAUCAACGCUCAGAAGAACCUGGGCGCCGAGGCUCAGGACGUGAUGCAGCAGGCCACCAACGCCAUCCUCCGGGGCGGCACCAUCAUGACGCCCUCGGUGUCGGCGAAGACCAUCGCGGAGCAGCUGGCGGAGAAGAUCAACGCCAAGCUGAACUACACCCCCGUGGAGAAGCUGGAGGAGGAGCGGCAGGCGGCUGAACAGGCCGAGACCGUCAAGAGAUACGAGGAGGAGCUGGAGAUCAACGACUUCCCUCAGACGGCCAGGUGGAAGGUGACUUCUAAAGAAGCUCUGCAGAGGAUCGGUGAAUACUCUGAAGCCGCCAUCACCAUCAGAGGAACCUAUUUCCCUCCAGGCAAAGAGCCCAAGGAGGGAGAACGCAAGAUCUACCUGGCUAUUGAAAGUGCAAAUGAACUAGCUGUGCAGAAAGCCAAAACGGAGAUUACGCGGUUAAUCAAGGAAGAGCUCAUCAGAUUACAAAAUUCGUACCAGCCGACGAGCAAAGGCCGUUACAAAGUCUUGUAGAGGCGGAACAAAGACUCGCUGGAGGAGUUUUCCUCUCUCAACGGUCCCCUGUCAUCUCUACAGUUUCAUCAAAGUGGUUGAGGAAUAUUUUAGUCUAUAUUUUUAAUAAUGUUCCAUCCAAUUACCUCAGUUUAGCGUCUGGUUUUGUUUAUAUUCGUCAUCCUUUCCCCCCUUACUUUCCUCUGUGCUUCACUUGAGUUACCUUCAUUUUUAUACCUACAGACUAUAAAUACCAAAAUGUCUGAUGCAGUUUUGACCUCCGAUGUCAAUGAACCAUCACUAUCUGCAAUAUGUCUUUUAAAUGUAAGACACAAUUUCUUUUCAUUGGGUUUUUUUGGUCAGAUUUCACCCUGUUGUAUGUACAAGCAACAUCCCAGCCAUAGUCUUUAUGAGGAAAUAGUCAGAUGAAAGAUGUUUUUACUUUUCCGCACAAUAAAAUAAUGAAUGAA